AUGUUCUGCCGCACCCUCCCCCGACUGCCGAAACAGUGUUCGUCUCUUGCAUCUCUCCUACUAACCACGCAAAGAAGCAAAACAAGUGUAGCUGGCCGCAUUCAGUCUCCGGUAUAUGGUGUUAAGAAAACAGCGCCGGUUGAAAUACAAAUAGCUGAUUAUGCUAAAUAUAUCUGGGACGAUUCUGUGACUGAAGAUGAUCCACUGGUAGUACGCUUGCGAGAACAGAUCCUAGCUGGUUCACGUGCAGCUUUAGCAUCUGCGAUUACCUUGGUGGAGUCCAGAAAUCCAAAGAAACGAGCGCAGGGAAACAUGCUUCUUCAUUCUAUCCUUGCCGCAGAACGAAAACGUUAUCAGGAGAAGGGAAAGGAAGCGAUGAUCUACCGUAUUGGAAUAUCUGGCAGUCCGGGAGUAGGAAAAUCUACAUUUAUCGAGGCUCUGGGAAAACAUCUGAUUAACGACCGCGGCAAGAAGAUCGCAGUUCUAACAAUCGAUCCUUCCAGUGCAGUGACUGGAGGAUCAUUACUUGGUGAUUUAACGCGAAUGCAAGAGUUGUCACGAAUGCCCAAAGCCUACAUCAGACAGUCACCAACCAGUGGAUCGCUGGGAGGUGUGACAAGGGGAAUACAUGAGGCGAUUAUUUUAUGCGAAGGAGCCGGUUACGAUGCAGUUAUUAUUGAAACUGUCGGUGUUGGGCAGUCAGAGGUCUCAGUGGUCGAUAUGUGUGAUAUAUUCUGCUUAUUGCUCUCACCAGCUCAUGGAGACGAACUACAGGGUGUGAAACGUGGAAUAAUGGAACUCAGUGACCUACUCGUCGUUACGAAGGACGAUGGAGAUCUCCGAGCUAAGGCGAAGUUAACACAAGCCGAGUACAUAUCGGCACUGAAAUACUUACGACCGCGGGUUCCUGUGUGGAAGCCAAAGGUGCUUCGUUCUUCUGUAAUGGAUCCGAAGUCAAUAGAGGCAAUUGCCAACACCAUGUAUGAGUAUUGGGACACCAUCAUGAAAUCUGGUGAUUUGGAGAAACGACGUUCUGAUCAGAUGUCGAGAUGGAUGUGGAAUCACGUACAGGAUGAAUUGCUAAAGGUGUUCACAGGACAUCCUAAAAUUGCCCCAAUGGCUCCAGUUCUUGAAAAAGAUGUUCAUGAUGGAAAGAUUACUCCUGGUCAUGCUUCCGAGCUCAUGAUUAGAACAUUUUUGAAUGUCUAA